CUGUGCGUAUGCCUGCCUUCCUGUGCAGCUGCGACAGCUAGCGCAAGCUCACAUGUAAUAAACAUAACAAAUCAGCGACAGACCUGGAAUCCAGUUGUAAUCAGCCAUCACGACGACCAUGCAGGCGUCGCACGCGCAAGUUGGAAAGCCCCGCGCGCUGACUCAACCCAAAAGCCGCCGCCACCAGCUGCCAGCAUGGUUCCAUCGAGUAGCUCUCAAACGGAGAACAUCUGGACGCGAUCAUUCAUCCGACUUUGAUGAGGAUAUUUCAGAUCUGGAAGAAGACACCGGCAUGGAUGAUGAAGAGAGGGGAAACGAGGAGGAGCAGACGAAGAAGAGGAGAAUAGCAGACUGCGACUCGGAAGAUGUCGACGACAGGGGAGAGGAGGAGGAACAGAAGAAGAAAAAGGUGAAAGACUGCAACUCGGAGGACUGCGAUGAUAUGGACUGUGACUCUGAGUACGGCCCCGGCUUCGAGUCCGAGUCCGAGUCCGACGACGACGACAACGACGAAGACGACUCCUCCGAGUCAGAGGCAUCGUAUACCGGAUCCGACGCCGGCUACUAUUACGAACUGAAAGAAGAGCGCGAGUAUAGGAAGGAGGAGAGGGUGGAGGAGCUCAAGAAGAAAGACGAGAUUCUAGGGGGUGAGAGAAUUAAGGAAGAGGAGGUUCGUGCCGCAUACGAAUCUCUCGCCGAGGCCGAGAAGGAAGACAAGGCCAUCCCUCGCAUUGAAUCACUCGAGGGCCGGAAGUUCACGCUAUUCUGCGCCGACUAUGUCAACCGCAACUACAACCGCCAUCGCCUCACGAAAAAAUGGGUUAAAUUCCGCGAAAUGUUCCAGGACGAAGAAGACGAAGCUGGCGAGCUGUAUGGAACCUUGAUGGUGGAUAAAUACAAGUACCGCUUUGGGCCAUGCCGCCUUCCGCAUCGCGCGAGCACCGAAGAAGCUCUCAAGAUGGAGCUGGACGGUUCCCGCAGCAGGUUUGAGCUGUUAGUUAUCUUCGUGAGCAACGAUUACCUGAAGGUUCGCGUCUCCCGGUACACCUCCAAUCCAGCUUCCCCACGGCUGCCCACUGCUCCGAAAGUAUAUGAGUUCGCCGGCGUCUGGCGGGAUAAAGAGAAGGAGCGAGCCGAACGGAAGGCGAGGGAGUUCUCGCCCAAGGAAUCUUGGUUUGAACUGAACCAUCACAUGGGCGCCUAUUAUCAUCCAGACGAGGCGGGGUUUUGAACGUGUCCGUAGGGUAAUGCUAUUGUAAAUAGGGCCAAUGGCAGCUUCUCAGUUGAUGAACAGAACGACGUAUUCAGGCUUGUGGGCAUCGUGAACAAUGGGCCCCCGUUUCAGCAGUUAUGUAGUGAAGCAGUGGGGCGCCAGGGCCCGUGCGCUAGGCUCUAAUUGGUCAAGAAACAGCAAGCUCGACGGUAA